GACAUUUCGAAAGUUGCUAUUGGUCAGAACUUAAAACUCUUGACCCCGAAUUUCCCUAUAUGAAGACACGAGGAUGUUAUUUAUAAAGUAAUGAUUAAAAAUCUAACGAAAACAUUGUUAUAACACAUUUAAUAUUGAAACAGACUUUAUUCAAAUUACUAAUGAGUUCUACUCUAACGGAAGAAGGAAAGAAGAUCUUUCACGUAUUGAGGUUAGAAAAAUGUUGUUUAAGAUGUUGUUUACGUUUCACCGGAUGCAACAAUCCCAAAUAUUAUCAAGAUCUGGACGAAUUGAAAAACCUUAUACAAUCUUCAGAAGAGAAACAAGUAUGCGUCAAGGAAACAGAUCUUCCUUGUAUUGCUUGCUUAGGUAUCCUUCAAUCUAAAAUAGAAGAAAGUGUAAUAAAAAGAAUUAAACAAAAAGUACAAAAUGAAAAUUAUGAUUGUUCAACGUUUACUUGCGCUUUAACCGUACCUAUAUCUCUGUUUCUCAGAGAAAGAUCGUUGCAUAUAUAUGUUGCCAAAAAGUUAAAUCUAACUAAAGAUGAAUAUAGUACCCUUAAAUAUAAAACACUUAAUGUCAAAGACAUAUGGAAAUGGAUUGCUCUUCCUAAAUUGGAAGAUAUCAUUGGAAAACGUCCUGAUUUAACAACGCCGUCUCCAUUUUUGCUAGAAAUUUUUUUUUUAUACGUAAAUGAUGAAAAUGAAUGUUAUACAUUAUUAGAUCAAUUGGGAAAUAAUUAUGACGAAUGUUCUAAACAAGAAAGAAUGAACAGGAAAAGAAAGUAUGGUAACAAUAAAUGUAGUAGAAAAAACAUAGAAUCUGUGAUGAUUAGUAUAACUGAUGAAAUGUUUCAAAAGUAUUACCUAUUUCCACCCACGCAACCAGAUUCUUUUAUAAAUAUUGAAAAAGUCCUGUGCUCUCACAGUAGUAUUUUUAUAGGAGGACGCUAUAAUAAGCUUUCUCGACAACUUUGUCAAACGCCCUGGUUCAUAGACGGUGAAAAGAAAAUGGAAACAUCUGUGCAAGACAUAAUAUGCGAACCCAUUGUUAAAGCUGUCAAAGCUGAAUCAAUCAAAUUUCAAUCUUCUGGAAGAGAAGAUGUUGAUGUAAGAAACAUACAUUCCGGUAGACCAUUUGCAAUUGAAUUAAUAAAUCCUCGAAUUACGAAGAUAAGUACUGAACUUUUAUCAAGCUUAGUAACUAUCAUCAACGAUAGUUCUACGCAAGUUAAGAUAACAACUAAUUUGAAAUUACUAACAAGGGACGAUUUAAAAAAGUUAAAAGAAGGUGAAAAUGUUAAAACAAAAUUUUAUCGAGCGCUUUGCGUAUGUCGCAACGCACCGCAAGACAAAUCAAACAUUGAAUUGUUAAACGAGUUAAAAAACGUCGAAAUAAUUCAAAAAACACCGAUUCGAGUUUUGCAUAGACGUCCAUUGACUCCCCGUGUACGUUACAUAUACGAUAUGCGCGCUCGAUGGGCUAAACCACAAGAAUUAUUAAAUUUACCAAAUGCACCCACCGAUACCGAUAAUAUGUUUUUUGUAUUGGAUGUAAGAGCACAAGCUGGUACUUAUGUCAAAGAAUUCGUUCAUGGAGAUUUUGGACGAACAAAACCAAGUUUGUGCGAUCUUUUGAAUACCGAAGUAGAUAUUGUUGCAUUGGAUGUUACAGGCAUCAAUUUAGAUUGGCCAUAAAAGACUAUUAUCUAAUUUCUGCAUCGCGUGCCCAUAUAUGUAUCAUAAAAAGAGAAAAAAUCAAUAGGAAAAAUAAAAUAAUUAAUCAAAUUGUAUGACACAAUAAAAAUGUUAUGAUUUUAUGCAAGAGGACCAUGUAUGAUAUAAUAUACACGUUCCUUGAAUUAGAAUUUA